ACAGGGCCGUUGGGGAGGGGCCUCUGAGGGGAGGGAGACGGCGCAGUGACAGGUACCGCGAAGGGUGCUGCCGCGGCGACGAUGGCCGAAGGGCCCGAGGAAGCCCGAGGUCGCCCUCCCGGGCAGGACGAUGGCGGAGGGGACCACGCGCCUGUCCCUUCCCUGAGAGGCCCUCCCGCAGCCGCCGGCCCUUGUCCCCGAGACGCGGCGCAGGUCGAACCCCAGGCCCCGGGCCGGCCGCCAGCCCCGGCCCUCGCGCCCGCCUCCGCCGCUGCCCCGGAGGAGUCGGAGCCGCAGCGGGAGCUCAGGAGGCGAAGAGAGGCGGCCCCGAGCUCCGGCGCGGGGCUGCAGGAGCCGGCGGGCUGCGAGGCGGCCGAGGCCGAGGCGCUGCGGGAGAAGCCGGCGCGGCUGAGCGCCCGCGAGUACUCGCGGCAGGUGCACGAGUGGCUGUGGCAGUCCUACUGCGGCUACCUCACCUGGCACAGCGGCCUGGCCGCCUUCCCCGCCUACUGCAGCCCCCCGCCGCCCGCUCCCAGCUACGCUGCGGCCGCCCCCCAGGCCGCGGCGCCGCCGCCCCCGCAGCUGGCCUAUUACAACCCCUUCUACUUCCUGGGCGCCGGCGCCGCGGGAGCGGAGCCGGGGGCGGCCGCGGGCCUCAGCGCCCCGGCCCCGGGGGCGGGCCUGGGGCCGCGGGCUCCUCACGUGCAGGGCUCGGUCCGGGCCGCUCCAGCGACUCGCGCGGGAUCCGCCGCGCCUUCGCGCACCGCCAGCGAGAGCGGGCGGCAGGCAGGCAGGGAGUAUGUUAUUCCAUCCUUGGCCCACAGAUUUAUGGCAGAGAUGGUGGAUUUCUUUAUUCUGUUCUUUAUAAAAGCAACCAUUGUCUUAAGCAUUAUGCACCUCAGUGGAAUAAAGGAUAUCUCUAAGUUUGCUAUGCACUAUAUAAUUGAAGAAAUAGAUGAAGACACAUCAAUGGAAGACUUGCAGAAAAUGAUGGUUGUGGCUCUUAUAUACAGAUUAUUAGUUUGUUUCUAUGAGAUAAUUUGCAUCUGGGGAGCAGGUGGCGCAACCCCUGGGAAGUUCCUGCUAGGGCUUCGAGUUGUGACAUGUGACACGUCAGUGCUGAUUGCUCCAAGUCGGGUUUUAGUGAUUCCUUCCUCGAAUGUUAGCAUUACAACGUCUACCAUACGGGCUUUGAUCAAGAAUUUUUCUAUUGCUUCUUUUUUCCCUGCUUUCAUCACAUUGCUGUUUUUUCAACAUAAUCGAACAGCAUAUGACAUUGUAGCAGGAACCAUCGUGGUAAAGAGAAACGGGGUCAGAUGAUGCCCCAGAAAACCCUGAAUUCCAUACUGUUUGGAAUAAUGACAAGACUAAAUUAUGUAUCAACACCAUCAGUACCCCUGGGUAGCAUUAAUUGAUGAUUUAGAAAUUAAAGCAGUCAUUCCAGUGCGAUGGAGGAGACUAUUCUGAAAGUAUUGAUUUUACUUGAAUGCCAAAGAACUAUUCCAGAAGAAAGAUCUAUUAAAUUCAAGUGUUAAAAAUUUUUAGAUCGAAAAGAAGGCCAGUGGUUUCAUAAUCACCAAUGGACAACAUAUAUACUUUCUUAAAAUCUAAGACAUUAGAAUUUGCCAAAAGCAUUUUCAGCUUUGAAAUCUCCAAAUGAAACUUCAAAAUUUUACUUUGGUUUAUCCCAAAACGAUGGAAAAUGUCCAAUUGUGUUUUGUAAACACCUACAUCAUUUCAUCUUUAGGUAACACUUCCUGAGGAAAUUGCUGUCUGGUUUUUGACGGGAGUGAGGACAAACUGGAGAAUUCAUUUAUCCUCCCAUCCCAGGCAGGAGGUGGUGAGUUAGCUGCAAAGGAGAGGGGCAGGUAAUGCAGGCCUGGCAGGUCCCUUACCUGAAGUUUUGCAAUCCGUACUGUGCUAACCGCAGUAAUGAUGAACUUUGUAACUAUCCUCAACGCCUAAACACACAUUUGGGACAAGUUUCUCAUGAUGAUGAAAAGGUAUUAAGUCAUAUUGCUAUAUUAUCAGUGAAUUUUUAAAGAAAAUUUUUAAAGAAAAGGUAAGUUUUAGUGAUUGCUUUUAGUGGGAGAAAAACAUACAUUGUCAUCGUAAAUUUAACUUACAAUUCAUGUGUAUUUUCAGUGCCCAAAAAUCAAACUAUAAAUAUGUGGGGAAAACUUCAUCAGUUGCGUAGUUACUGUAAAACAUUCCUGUUCCUAGUAUGUGUGCAGCAUGACAAAAGUAUUAGUGCCCUUCAGUGUUCUGAAUCUGAGUGUCACUUUAUAUACCGCAUACUCACAUUCAACUUUCCUUUUAUAUUUUAUAUGGUUCCAUGGCUGCUGAAAUAUCAAAUUCAAGAGUCUUAUAGUUCAUCGUUAACUCUACAUACGUACUAGUAGCCUGUGAAAUACUGACAAUUUUUUUCCCUUUAUGAACUGUUCUUUGUAUAUUAAGGGGGUGUCUCACUCCCAGACAUUAUUCUGGGUUAUUUAAGCUCAUUUUGGGCCUGCAAGGGAUGGAGUUUUGGGGAAAAUGUUAAGCAAAGUAAUACUUUGUUUAUUGCCAUUUAUUCUUCUAUUGAAGCAAAAUUGGGGUCUUUUGUGCACUUUUUGGAUAUCCCAUUUACCUCUUUUGAGCUAUACCUGUGCUAUUUCUAGUUUGUUUUAUUUGAUUUUUAGGCAUUUUCUUUACUCUGAUAAUUAUUUUCCAAAAGAACCAAAACACUAAAUUGUAUUGCACAGUUCAAAAUCAGAUUGCUUUAGCAAAGGACCAAUCUAAGUUUUGUUCCUGGUCUUUACUAGCAAAUGCAAGAAUGUCAGUUUAUCACUGUUAUCAAUUUUUAUAGUGAGUUUUUCUUUGACACUUAAAAGUGAAAAUACAUAUACUGUUUAUAGAAAUUAACUGUCCUUUUAUUACCUUUUUAUUAUAGAAUUUCAUAAACCAUGCUUUUCACAAUUUUUUAUUAAAUCAGACUUCACAGAAAGCCUGUUAAGUGUGUCAGAGUACCAAAUAGAUCACUAUGAUUCUUCACAGCAAAAAACAAGAAAUUUUUAAAAAUUACAAAAAUUAGAGAAGUGUUGCAAAAAUUAACAUUUAGUGUAUACACUAGCAUUGGUGUAUAUUCUAUUUUUGCCAUCGGCUGGGGAAUUCAAAUUGAAAUGUCCUUCAGUUCUGUAGCUCUGUAGUACAUCUUUGCAUUUAUAAUCUCUGCUCAGGUCACAGGUUUGUACCUAGGCUUUCACUUAAACACUAAAAAAGGCAAGCAUGUCCAGUUAUUAAAAAAAAAAAAAAAACUGCACAUUUGCUGUCCAUGAGCCAUUGAGAUCUGUUUGGAUUCAAGUUAUACUGUACAGCCCAACAUGAUGUGUACUGCACAAGUGUUAUUACUUGGUCUGGCUUUGUUACAAAACCCAAGUCUGUCUAUGUAUGAAUUCAGCACUUAGGGAGAGAUUUUGAUUCCCAGAUUUGAAAAAAAUGUCAAAAUAGUUGCAGGAGAGGAAACGAGGAUUUAGUGCUUUAUUUUUUUCUCUUGGGAUUGUGUGGGUCUCCUUUUUUUCCAGAACACAACAGUAUAUGUCACUUACAGAAAUACUGAUUUUCUGCAUCAAAGUAUCAUUUUGAUGCUGAAGCUCUUUCUAGUCUAGAAAGGCAAAGGGAACAAAACCUAGGAUUGAAACCAAGUGAGAAUACUAUUUCAGUGAGCAUGUCCUAAGUUAAAACUGUAGGACUAUUGUUAUCACUGCUUAAGAAUAGACUAGCAGCUAAUUUAAGCAGCCAGAAAAUCUUCGUGCCCAUUGCUGGGUAGUUAGCGCACCUUCAGAAAAGUUAGUGAAGAGGGACGUUCAUGUUGGAGCCCGAUGGUAGGGAAGUGUAUGGUAAUGGCAGCCUGGAUUUCAGAGUACUCUGGACCAUAGGAACAAACCAACAGUGUGUUAGUAAGCCUUCACUUGCCAGUAUUAUCAAGACAACUGAAUUGCUCAAACUUUAUCCUCUUAAGAACAACCUAAUUGAGAUCCCCAAUCUGUAACUUCUCUGCCGUUUGAGUUUCUGUUAACACACUUUCUUUGAUUCCUAACAUAUUUCUUGAUGUUGUUGAUAAUUUUUAUACAGAUGGGAAUUACUUAGAUCUCAACUGGUAACUCCUUUAGCACCAGCUCAGUUGUCAUUUCUGUCUGGCCCUUUUUUUUUUUAAAUUUCACCCAGUAUUUAAAACUGAAAGAAACGCAUUCUCUUUGAAGGCUACUUUGCCUAAGUCAAUGAAUUUUUAGUGCUUUGUAUCACUUUGACAGUAAAAUGAAUUUUUCCUCAUCAAUGACUUAUUUGGGUAUUUUAUUUAUACACAAAUUUUUUCAACAAAGGGAAAGUAGAGGUUGAAAAUCACUGAUUGCCGCUUGGUAAUACAGGGCUUUUGAUGGGGGAAUUGGGAUAUUAAAUGCCUUCAGCCCACACUUGUCUCCUUUGUUUCUUCGAAGAAUAUGCUUAAAUAAGAGUAUUUCUAAAUUCUGGUACUGCCUUGCUAUUCCCCAUCCCCAGUACCAGAGGCCAUCUUCAGACAUGUGCUUGCCUGGGUGAAGUUCAUUUCAACUGUGUAUAUUUCCUCGAGUUCUUAACAGUAGGGCUUUACCUGUAACAGUACCUGAUGGUCUGCUAUAAAUAAAAUUCAGCAUUGAUUUCAGUGAUCUGUAUGCCACCAAUUUGUAUUCUUUGUCUCAAUAAAUACUCCAUCACCAGUGCA